AUGACUCGCGCCCUCCGCAUCACAGCCGCACUGGCACUCCUCGCCUGCGUCGCCCAGGCAGUACCCAUCAUCCAAGAUGCCUCCUUCCCUGGCUCCUCCGUCGCUGAUGCCGACUUUGGCGGUGGCAUGUACGGCGGUAUCGGUGGCGGUGAUCCUUCGGCUUACUGCGACCCAUCGGUCGACUCGUCUUGCUACCAGAACGUCCACUCUGGGAAUGUCGAUGUCGGCUCGGUCGUCAACGCCGUCCCAAUCACCCAAGUCACACCUGUCACCCAGUACCAACCUAUUGUCCAGACCUUGGCGCCUAUUGUUGACUCUGCUUAUGAUUGUGAUUAUGAUCUCUUUGGAGGUGGAUCUGGUCUCUAUGGCGGCGGAUCUGGUCUCUACGGAGGGUCUGGUCUUGGUGGUAGUCUCUAUGGCGGAUCCGACCACAGCAUGCUUGGGUUCGGCUUUGGUUCAAACACUGGUCAGGGAGGAAUGAUGCGUCGUAGCGACUUGAAGGCUGCUGGAUUUGAGGGGUUCGGUGGUACUCCCAUGGACGCCGCUACUCUUCCCAACGUCCGAGGACCUGCUGUCCCUACAGGUGAGGUAAUGUCCUCUGGCGGUGGAGUCUUUGGAUUCAAUGCCCUCCGUGACCCUCAGAGUGUUCCUCAGGGCGGUCCUAUGGGUCCCCAGGGUGGUCCUAUGGGUCCCCAGGGUGGAUCUAUGAAUCCUCAGGGUGGUCCUCAGUCAGAAGGUCCCCAGUUCGGUUCCCAGGGCGGUUCCCAAUUCGACAUCCAAGGCGACUCCCAAGACCCCACCCAAUGCGCACCCAACGACAUUGCCUGCCAACUCUCGAUCCCCUCCCAAACCGUCGACAUGGGCUCCUCAACCCUCAUCAACCCUUCGACCUCCGUCUUCCCCUCAACAGCCUACCAACCGCAGGUCCAAUCCCUCGAAUCUGACAUCUUUUCCACCCCCACUCAAGACAAAAUCCUCCCCCAACAGUCCGUCGGCCUCGGUUCUGAUGUGUUUAUCCAACCCACUACCAGUGUCAACCCCGAGACGGUCUAUCAGCCUUCGGUCUUGCAGUUCGCGACGGAUGUUCAAGCGAUUCCUCAGGAUGACCAAUCAUUGCCCCAGUCGAGCGUCCAGCUUGGAUCCACUGUUCAGAUUAUCCCUACCGUUCAUGUCCGACCUAUUACGACCUUCCAGAGCAUGGUCAAGUCAUUACCGGUUAUCAUUCAGGCCGAGCCAUGCAAUGAUGUUGAAUACUUUGGUGGUGGUAACAGUCUGUACGGUGCUGGUGCUGGUGUUGGUCAAUUCUCGAACUACGGCGCUGGUGCUGGUGGACUCUAUGGAACUGCUAGCGGUGCUGGUCUCUAUGGUUCUACUGGUGGACCCUAUGGCUCUGCUGGCGGUUCUGGUCUCUAUGGCUCCCCCUCUCUCUACGGAUCAGCCAUCCAGGGCGGUUCUUCGAUUUAUGGUGAUCUCCAAGGCCAUUCCUCGAUCUACGGCGGCGGACUUGGCUCUGGUUCCUGGGAUCAGGGGUGGAUGUAA